UGGUGCGAGCGAAGACUGGCGCUUGCAUUCCCAGCUGGACAAGUUGGACAGAGUCUGAAGGUGAGCCCGGCUUUAAUUCUCCAUAAAUGCCUCGAAAAGCAAAAUAACAUUUGGAUCAAAGAAAGACAAGAAUUUAAGCCGCUUGUUGUGUAUUGUGAUCGUUCAGGUCCAACAUUUGAAGGCUGUGGCGGAAUCAUUUUAUCAAGUGGCUGUGAAAUUGCGCAACCAUGGACAGCGUGGCCAACUGGCUGGUGGACAACAAGGACAAGAUUGAGAAAGCGGUGUACAUCACAGGGGAAGUGGCAGAGGUCCUGGCCGCCACGGUGGGCCAGCUGCACCCCCUCCUGGAGGCCGUUUUCAGCGGCGUGGCCCAGAUCUGCAGCAACCCGGAGGGCAAGGAGGCCCUCUACUUGAGACAGAAGAUCGAGCAGGUCAACCAGAAGCUGGUGUGCAUCCAGCGCGAAACCGACCAGAUCGCCCUGGAGCUGCAGAGGGCGGCCAUGAACGAGCAGAACUUCGACCGUGAGGCGCACAUACUGGGCCAGUACGAAAAGUUCCAGGAGUUCAUCAACGCCAAGCCCAGCAUGAAGGAGGAGAAGAAGGAGACGUUCAUCACGUAUUACAAGAUCACGAAUACCGACUUGAACUUGGACGCCCUCUUCAACGCCGUCACGGGGGAGAACAUGGCCGGCGUCCCCAUACUGGACACGGUGGUUGUCACGGCGAAGAGGAGCCGCAGGGCGGUGGAGGACUUCUGCGCUCGGCUCAAGAAGCUCUUUGUGAUGGGCCUCAUCGCCAUCAUGGGCUACACCGCCCUUCGAGAAGGCCCGGUGGAAACGGGCCUGACGACCAAGUGGCACGAGCGGAUGGAGGCUGUGGAGAAGCUCAUGAAAGCGGCCGUGGACCAAUGCACGGAGAACUUCAUGGACCAGGCCAAGCUGGACCUGGAGGAAGCACUCAAAGAGAAGGCCUCCUGCGCGGUCAGCGAGGACUUGACGCGUUCGCUGCUCUCGGCGCUGGUCAAGAAGUACGACUGGGUCAACUGGUCGGUGCGCGCCUUCAACAGCCGCGAGCGCAUCUUCUUCUACAACUGGCUGGCGGGAUGCAAGUGCCACGGCAGCGCCGGGGCCAACUGGUUCAAGCUGACCAUGGACAACAAGGUCAAGGUGGUGGUGUCCUUCUGCGUGGACCCGCCGCCCAUCGACAAGACUCGCAUCUCCAAGCAGAUCGAGCAGCAGCGGCUGAAGGGCAACAUGAUGGCUGUGGCCCGGAUGGUCAACCGCUGCUUCCCUGACUGCCUGGUGCACGCUGUCAGCCACCACAAGGAGGUGGUGGAGUCCAACAACUUCAACGUGGAGUCCUACUACUACGCCAGGCAGAAGCGGGCCUUCUUCUACAUCCACCCGCUGUAGAGCCGUGCUGAUGUGCUGGAAUAUCUGAACUGGCAGGGGGACAUAUGAUGGAAAAUGCACAUUUUAUUUGUCGACUCAGUGUUUGUUGCCGUAUGGAUUUCUUCUUUUCUUUUUGGGGAGAGAAUGUGGUCCACUUUUUUUGUUUUUCACAAAUGCAUAUGAACAAGUGUCAGAUUGCCGAUAAGCGCAAGCAAAAAGAUGGCGCCGGUCGGCUUCACCGUGUCGGCAAAGAUGAGCAUGUUUGAGCUUUGCAAAAGUAACUGAGCAGCAGCGAGCCAGGCGGCCUGUUUGCGUAAACGCUCCCGUUGUGUAAGACGGA